AUGAAGCCUGUGCUGCCUCUCCAGUUCCUGGUGGUGUUCUGCCUAGCACUGCAGCUGGUGCCUGGGAGUCCCAAGGAGCGUGUUCUGAAGUAUAUCUUGGAACCUCCACCCUGCAUAUCAGCGCCUGAAAACUGUACUCAACUGUGUACAAUGCAGGAAGAUUGCCAGAAAGGAUUUCAGUGCUGUUCAUCCUUCUGUGGGAUAGUCUGUUCAUCAGAUACACUUCAAAAGCGCAAGAGAUACAAACCCAAGGGCUCAGAAGUCAUCAUGCCUACCAACUGA